AUGGGUUGUUGUAAGUCACGCCCAAAGGAGGAAACUCCAUUGAAAUGCCUCCUGCGUUCCCUGGAUGUCUUGUCUAUUGACUGCAUCAACAAGAAACAACUGAUUUAUUAUUGCACUCAAGUUUGGCCACAGUACCAACUGGAUAAUCGUUCUCGAUGGCCCAAAGACGGGACUUUUGACUACGUCACUCUCAGAGAUUUAGACGAUUUUUGCCGUCGUAAUGGUAAAUGGUCUGAGGUCAUUCAUAUUCAGCCAUUCUUUGCUCUCCGGGACAACCCUGCCCUAUGCCAAUCAUGCCCGGCCUUUCCACUCCUCCUGGCACGUGGAGAACCCAGCUCUGAUAGCGCAGGGCCCCAUCCGGAGCCUGAUGUGGCUGACCCUCUUUUUGACUCUGCCCCUCUUCCUGCUGAGCAUCUGGUGCCUUCCCCACCUUCUUCACUCUCCUCUCCUUCACCCUCUCUCUCUUCCCCCCCUGCAGCUCACACCCGGUCUCGCACUGGUGGCACACAACCUCCACCAGACCCCAUGUGCCCUUUGCGAGAGGUGGCAGGGGCUGAAGGUGUAAUUAGGGUGCAUGCGCCAUUCUCAAUGUUUGAUAUUGCUCAGAUUGAGAAGAGGCUGGGAUCUUAUGCCCAAGAUUCUAAUAAUUAUGUUAAGCAGUUUAAGAACCUGGCUCAGACCUAUGACCUUACUUGGCAGGACAUAUAUCUAAUACUAUCCUCUACCCUUACUGCUGAGGAAAAAGAAAGGGUGUGGACUGCAGCCCAGGCACAUGCCGAUGAAGCUCACCGCCUAGAUAUUAACUUUCCAGUGGGAGCAACAGCUGUGCCUAGGGAAGAGCCCAAUUGGAAUUAUCAACAUAAUGCUCCUGGGCGGGAAAGCAGAAAUAGGAUGAUAACUUGCUUAGUGGCUGGCCUUCAAAAGGCAGCCUAUCUCCCUGUUAAUUAUGACAAAUUAAACCACAUUACUCAAAGGCCCAAUGAAAACCCGGCAGAAUUUCUUGAGCGCCUUACAGUAGCGCUCCAGCGCUAUACAAGGCUGGACCCAGAGUCACCAGAGGCUAAGGUGGUUCUCAAUACGCAUUUUAUUGCCCAAUCAGCCCCUGAUAUUAGGAAAAAGUUAAAAAAGGCUGAGAACGGUCCUCAGACCCCUCAACGAGAUCUGGUGAGUAUGGCAUUUAAAGUUUUCAAUAAUCGAGAGGAACAGGAGAUUGCCGAUAAGACUGCCCGUGAGAGGGAGAACUAUCAAAUCCUGGCUGCUGCCAUCCGGCCUCCUCUGAGGAGAGGCACCCAACAUACACCACCUGGAGCAUGCUUCAAGUGUGGGCAAGAGGGCCACUGGGCGAAAUUCUGUCCCUCACCACGACCUCCACCUGGACCCUGCCCAAGGUGUGGGCAGCAAGGACAUUGGGGAGUCGAUUGCCCCUCCUCACCUCCACAAGAAUGAAGGUGCCCAGGGCCACCUGCUCCCAACAACCAGAC